GGUAGUAAGGUUAUUGUAAAGUACAAUGACCAUCACAGUAAGGUUCUGAGCUGAACUCCUGGCAUUACAUGCAGACGGACCUCGCACAGACUUUUUAACAGGUUUAAAAUGAGCCUCACAGACAUUCUAAGCCCUUCUGAUAUUGCUGCUGCUCUGCGGGACUGCCAAGCUCCAGAUUCCUUUAGUCCCAAAAAAUUCUUUCAGAUCAGUGGGAUGUCCAAAAAGAGUAGUAGCCAGCUCAAGGAGAUCUUCCGGAUUCUCGACAAUGAUCAAAGUGGCUUUAUUGAGGAAGAUGAGCUCAAGUAUUUCCUUCAGAGGUUUGAGUGUGGAGCCAGAGUGCUAACUGCCUCCGAAACCAAGACCUUCCUGGCAGCUGCAGACCACGACGGGGAUGGCAAAAUUGGGGCUGAAGAAUUCCAGGAAAUGGUGCAGUCUUAAAGGUUCAGAAUGCCCGAAGAAGUCAGAAUUGGGAUGAACCUCCAAGAGAAGCUGCAAACCCUGAGAACCAGCAGUCCCUUCUGCGUUCAUCUUGGUAGUGGCUGUUAUUUCCUCACUGCAUUAGAAGCUCCAUGAAACACUGGGUUUUUAAAUUGUGUGGACCAUUUACUCUGUUCUAAACUCUGCUUUCCCAGAAAUUUCCCUUAAAAAUACCCAAUAAAAAUUAAUCAC